GCCGGAUUCCGGCCUGGGUCCCGCCCCGGGCGGAGGGCCCUCCAGGGCCGGGAAGACUGCGAUUCCCGGCAUGCCCUACCGGGCGCGCCUGCGUACGGGAGCUACCGAGCCGGGGAGCGGGUUGGUUUAAAGCGCUAUCUUAGUUCCUUGGAAACCAGCCCACCUGCUGCCAGACCUAGCUACAGGCAGACACAUGGACUGUGCGAUGCACAUGGAAACUGCAGUGUCCAGACCAGUCAUCUCUCCAACCCACAUCAAUGCUACAGCUUCUGAAACAUUCACAGUACUUCAGCAAAGGAUGAGAAUAGUGGAGGAACAGACCAGUUCUCUGAGGGAUGACCUGAUAAUGUUGGACUUUGGUGAAAAAAGAGGCCAGUUGGAAACUCCAGAAUGUUUAGAACAGCCUGUGAGCCAGAGCAUCAUUAGUCCUAUCCAGAAGGAAAUAAUUUGUUCAGGAAAAACAGAUAUUUUAUGGAAGAACUGUGAGUUUCUGGUAAAUCGCAUGUGCCGUCUAGAAAGCCUCAUCCAGUCCUUGAAGAUGAACAUCUUUCGUCUGCAAACUGAAAAGGAACUGAAUCCACAAAAAACAGCUUUUCUGAAGGAUCGACUGAAUACUAUACAGGAGGAACAUUCCAGGGACCUGAAGCUAUUGCAACUGGAAGUGAUGAAUUUGCGCCAGCAAUUACGAGAUGUAAAGGAGGAAGAAGACAAGGCACAAGAUGAGAAGAAUGCAGCCAUUAUUGAAGAGGAACUGAAGAUCACAAAACGUAAAAUGAACCUUAAAAUUCAGGAGCUAAGGAGACAGCUGUCUCAGGAGAAGCACCUAAGGGAAACCCUUGAGAAAUCUGGAUCAGCCAUGCUGCUUAAGAUACAAGAAAUGGCAUCAACAGUAGAGAUGGAAAGGAAGCAGGUGCAAAUUUUGCAGCAAAACUGCAUUGCCCUACGCAAUUCUAUUCAGACCACCCAAGAACUCCUGGCACAGGAGCAACAGCAGAAAGGAGAGUUGGAGACUGCUACCUCACAGCUUAAGUCUAAUCUAGUUUCUAGAGAUGACCUCAUUUCCAAGUUGGUUGAAGAAAAUAAGAAUCUGCAGAUGUCUUUCAGUAAAGAACAUGAGGAAAAUGCAUAUUUGAGGUCUGAAAUAAUGUCACUUCAUGAAGUAUCAGAAAAAGCACAGGCUUUGAAUGAGCAACUGACUAGAAACUGUUCAGAGCUGAAUAGCAUGCUUCAGACUGUUAGAAUGGAAAAUACUAGAAUCAUUGCUAACCAUCAAGCCAUUCUGCAGGAAGAACAGAAAAUGAUGACAAAGACAUUUCAAGAACAAAACUUACUGCUGGAUGCAGCCCAUGCCAGUAUCACAAGUGAGCUACAGACUGUUCAGAAUGAGAAAACACAACUCCAAGUGCAUUUGGACCAUUUAAUCCUUGAACAUAACCAGUGUACCCAGAAAGCACAGGAUGCUGAGAAGAGGACAGCCAUGCAAAAAGAGCUGCUAGAGUCAACUAUUGUGAGAUUGCGAGAUGAACUGGAAGCAUCAAUGCAAGAGAAGAAUUCUCUGCUAGAGGAGAAAGAAAGACUUCAAAGCAAGGUUAAUAAAGCAGAAAAAGAAGUAGCACAAGAAAAAAGCAAUUUGGAAGAGGAAUUAGCUAAAAACAAGGUAGACAUAAAUGCAUUAACCCACAACCUUCAGGCUCUAGAGGAGAAGAAUAAGCAACUGGCAGAUCAAAUGGCUUCCCUAGAACUUGAGCAAGCAACUUCAGAUUACCAUUGGCUUGCCCAACAACAAGUGGAAAAUGUCUUGGGAAAAAUUACGGACAGUAAAAAUAAACUGGCCUAUGAAAAGGGGAAACUCCAGAUAAAAGUUAAACAGCUAGAAGAACAACUACAUUCUUUUACUGAAACCAGUUCACAGAAUGACCAUCUACGCAAGUUGAAUAAGGCACUGGAGGGAAAAUAUGCUCAGGUGAAAUCCAUUCUUGAAAAGAAUGAAGAGGAGCUCUCACGAGUGGUGAAGGGUCGUGAUGCAGCCCUGAAAGAGAGUCAGAAGUUGAAAGGGGACCUUGAGGCCUUGGAGGACAGGGAGAACAAGAAGGUGGGGAACUUUCAGCGACAACUGGCAGAGGCUAAAGAAGACAACUGCAAAGUUACAAUCAUGUUGGAGAAUGUGUUGGCUUCUCACAGUAAGAUGCAAGGUGCUCUGGAAAAGGUGCAAAUAGAGCUUGGGCGGAGGGAUUCAGAGAUUGCAGGCCUCAAGAAAGAAAGGGCUCUAAAUCAACAGCGGGUGCAAAAGCUGGAAGCAGAAGUGGAUCAGUGGCAGGCCAGAAUGCUUGUGGUGGAUGCCCAGCACAACAGUGAGAUGGAGCCUCUGCAGAAAGCUCUAGACAUUGCUAGAGAAGACAACAGGAAAAUGGCUAUGAGCCUGGAGCAAGCUCUCCAGACAAAUAAUCAUCUGCAAACAAAGCUUGAUCAUGUUCAAGAGAAAUUGGAAAACAAAGAACUAGAGCUACAGAAUUUGGAAACCUUCAAAGAACGGAUGAAUGAAGAAUCCAAAAUGGAAGCAGAAUUGCAUGCUGAACGCAUAGAAGCUCUAAGAAAGCAAUUUCAAACUGAGAGAGAAACAGCAAAGAAAGCUGCACAACGAGAAAUGACAGAGCUGAAGAAAGCCCUUGAUGAAGCCAACUUCAGAUCCGUGGAAGUAUCCCGAACCAACCGAGAGCUGCGGCAGAAACUCACAGAGCUAGAAAAGAUGCUGAACAGCAGCAAGGAGAAAAUAAAGAAUCAAAAGGCCCAAAUUAAGCUCCACUUGUCAGCUAAGGCGAAUAAUGUUCAAAAUAUGGAGAGGAUGAAGCAAAUAGAAACAGAAUUGAGGCAAAUGGAGCUAAUUAAGGAUCAAUAUCAGAAAAAAAACUAUGAACAGUCACUGAGUAUCCAGAAAUUUGUAUCUGAAAUGACUAACCUACAGAAGGAGAUGCAGUUGUUGGCCAAGAGCCAAUAUGAUACCUCAGCACGGAAUAAACAGCAAGAGCUACGACUUGAAUUAGAGCGGAAAGUAAGGCAAGAGCUGGAGCAUCGGUGCCAGGAAUUGGAAGAAACUAUCAGACACCUGAAGAAAUGUAAAGAGGCAACAGAGAAUAAACUGAAAGAAGCCAGUGUGGAAUCAGAACAGAUAACAGCUAACCUGGAGGAAGCUCACCGCUGGUUUAAGUGCAGGUUCGAUGGGCUACAACUUGAGCUGACCAAAAACCGGUUGCAGAGGCUUCCCCGGGAAGACAGGUGGCUGGAAGAGGACCAAGAUAAAAGCCACGAUAGCAUGUCCAGCCAGUCUGCUCUACAUCGAUGGGAGAAUAAACAGAAUCUUAGGCUUGUGCCCAAGAAGUGUCACUCUGAAUUAGAGAAAAAGUGAUAUCCUUGACAGAGGAGCUGCUUCUUCACCAUGGUUCCCUGGCCCCAGCAACUAGGGCUGGCCUGUUUCCACAGUCAUCAGAACAUGAAGUCUUUGAUGUGGACUGAAGAUUUUGGACCUGAGUUUAUGCUUUUAUGAACUCUUUGAUAUCAGUACAGAACUACCCCAUCUUUUUUGUCUCUUUCCCCAUUUUUCACCCAAUAAAUUUAUAUUGUGUUAUAGGAGA